AUGUCGGAGAAGAGAGCUGCCAGCAGUCCCCGGACAGGUCAGAGGAAAAAGCCGCGAAAAAGCGUUCUCAAGUCGGAAGUAAACGGACCUGUCCGGCGAUCCGAGAGAAGAAAGUCACGAGUUUCUUUCGCGCCGAAAAAUGAGGUCAAAGAAUUCGAUGAUUACACCUCUAACUCGUCCGCCAAUAACUCUGCUGCAAAAGAUAUUUCCGUGGACAAAGAAAACACGAUGGACCUAGGAUUCAAAUCGGGAGAGGAAGGGCUGAGACCGAUCGAGCGAAUCGUCGACACACUCCUAACUUCUGCGAUCAAUCUGGCCAUAACGCACGGCAUGAGCCACGAGUUGGAAGCUUUGAGCGCGCAAAGACAAGUGAAAAACCAUUCUAUCCCGGAUCAAAUCAAGCUACAACAACAACGACUACAUCAAAUCAACUCAAAAUUUUAUCAGAUUGGACAAUCUUGGACCUUCAAUGUCGAUGUCUAG